AUGGUGGGCGAGCUGGUAGAGGGCCUCGCCGACGUGAUCAUGGCGCCCCUCGACUACACCGUCGCCAGGAGCCGCGCCGUCGACUUCGUCAUCCCGGUGGCGCAAGUUCGUUACAUCAUGGUAGUCCAGCGGGCGCACCAGCUGACGGGCGUGUGGGAGAGCUACACGCAGGAGUUCGGGUGUAGGAGUUGGGCGGCGGUCGUCCUGUUCCUCGUCUUGUGUCCGUGUGUCCUCUCCCUCGUGUCCAAGUCGUCCCCCAGCGAGACGACGAAGGUGACGCUCCUCGACGCCGUUACCUGUACUCUCGGGUUUCUGGGUCAGCAAGGUAAUUUGCAGAUUGGGUUCGGCACAGCCCUUGUUAUCACCAUCAAAGCCGCUCUGAAACUAGUCCAGGCGCACCAAAAUCCUGUCGGGUGUAACGGUAAUGCUCGCAUCUUCUUCCUCGCCUCCUUCGUCACGACGGUCCUCUUGUACUGCCACUACACGAGCGCCCUUUUCUCGUCCCUCGCCAUCACCACGAACAGCCAGCCCUUCAGGGACCUCAGGGGAAUCCUCGAAAACGGGAAGUACAGGUUUGGAUUCACCGAGGGCAUCUCCGUCGAGAAUGACUUCAAGGACUCGACCAACUACCUAUACCAGCAGGUGUGGCAAAGGCUUGUGAUGCCCCCGCCCUCUGGCCUCAUGCAAGACGACGCCGCUGGCCUCGCUCGGGUUCGCCAGGAGAAGUACGUGCACAUGAUGGACCGAACUAACUUCGUGUACAUGACCCGGGGCGAGUGUGACCUGGAGAUGCUACCCACGCCCCUCUUCUCCUACCCCUCCGGCAUGGCCUUCAGGAGGGGGUCGCCCUAUAAGGAGGUUUUCUCGAGGGCAUUACUCGUCCUAAUGGACUCAGGCGUGACAAAGAAGUUGAUGGACAAAUGGCAGCCUAAGACAAGCCUGUGCCAAAGCAUGGACAUACAACCAUUAACUCUCACCCACGUUUUUACUGCUUUUCUCCUCCUGGGCGCCGGUAUGCUCCUCUCCUUCGGUAUCCUGGCGGGGGAGGCCCUAUACCAGAACGUCCAGAAGGGUAGUUCAGCGAAGAUUUCUUUGAGACAAAAAAAUGAACAGAUACAAAAGGUAAAGAGAGGCGGUUAUAAUCAAACGGAAGGUAUAAGUAGCGACGGACUGAUGACAACCAGUCGCGUAACAUGGGUUGAUCGUACAGGGUUUAAAAAACGUGUUUAA